AUGGAUGUUAAGUUCCAUGAGCUGACAUGUUUAGCCACGAUACUCAUGAAUGUUGCCCAGCUGUCAAGUGUCAUGUCCUGGACCACAGGAACGUGUCAGAAGCUUGACGUUAUCACUAGACGUGUCCUCAAGUCUGAGACAGGUGUCAAGGCUGACAUUGUCAAUAUAUUUCAGUAUGUGACGGUGAGGAUUCAUCCAGAUCAGAUGAUGAGCCACGGGGGUACGACUGAUCCAUGUGCCAACUCCGAGCUGCAGAGUAUCGGACACAUGGGGAAUGAGGAAAACAUUCAGAUGUCCAAAGACAUUUCAGAAUUCCUGCAACAAAAGCUUGGUAUUGACCCAAAAAGAAACUACAUCAAAUUCACCAACCUGAAACCACUUGACGUUUGGUUUGAGGGGACCACGAUUGAAGACUUGAGGAAAUAAAUGAAUUGGCUGGGCAACAUAUGAACUUCAAAACCUACAAAUCAACUUAUGGUCCAUAGCAUCAGUUGUGAAGAGUGGUCACUUUCAUACUCAUGUUUAAUAUGUCGUCACAUCAGCAGCAUCUAUGUCAUAUGGCGACAGUGUAAUAGUACAAUACAUGCUAGUGAGAAGCUUUAAGAACCCAUCAAUGCAAUAAGGUAAAUCGUAGUAAUAUCAUAUCGUUGAGAUGAACUAGUUCGAACAAUUGUGGUGUUUCCCUUGAACAUACUAACUCUUCGUUUGCUGAAUUGAAGAGUGUCAUGAAGUGAAGUACAACAGUUCAUUCAAUAGCCUUUUACAUGACUGGAGUAUGCUGCACUGAGGCCGAAAACGCCGUUAAUUCAGCGAGCCAUACUUUCGUAAGUAAUGGUCAUUUUCAAUCGACGAUGCAUUUCUAAAAUUUUAUGUCAUUGUAAAGCGUGUGACCCAAGGGCGGAACUAGCAUUUUUUCUAAGGGGAGGGGGUCCAAAAUACAAAAUAGCCCCCUGGAUCC